AUGCGCUUCCGACCAUGUUCCCUCCUCCCUAAGCGGCAGGCCCUCCUCCGGCCAUCGCUGUUUUCUCCCAGGCAUCUGUCGACCCUCGCGAUCGAGACAUCAUGCGACGACACGGGCGUCGCGAUCCUCCAUCGCAAUGACCUGACCAACGAGCACAGACUCCUCUUCAACGAGCGCAUAUCGAGCGACCACCUCGCCUUUGCAGGCGUCCACCCCGUCGAGGCGGCCAAGGGCCACACCCGCGCCCUCGCGCCGCUGCUGCGGAAGAGCCUGGCGUGUCUGCCCGACGGCGCCACCAAGCCGGACUUUGUGUCCGUGACGAGAGGUCCGGGCAUCGUGACCAAUCUCGCCACAGGCCUGAACACGGCGAAAGGUCUUUGCGCCGCGUGGGACGUCCCCAUGGUCGGGGUGCAUCACAUGCAGGCCCACGCCCUCACACCAAAGCUCGCCAGGGCGAUCCGGGCGCCCAUGCCCGUGGACGAGGGAGGGUCACUUGAUGGGCCGUUUCUGUCGCUGCUCGUCUCGGGAGGGCACACACAGCUUGUACAUUCGCGGAGUCUCGUCGAUCACGAGAUACUCGCCAGCACGCUCGACACGGCCGUGGGCAACAUGCUCGACCAGGUGGCGCGUGUCGUCCUGCCUGCCGAUGUCCUGCGCUCCGCCACGGACGUCAUGUACGGUCGUCUGCUGGAGGCGUUUGCCUUUCCAGAUGGCGGGACGGAGGAGGAGUAUGCCUUUUUCCAGGCCAGAAGCAAACGGGGCGGUGAGGCGAUGGUGCUUCAGAAAGAGGGUUAUGACUGGGCUUUCAAGAUCCCUCUCUCCCACACGCGGAAGCUAGAGUUCUCCUUCUCCGGCCUGGGCACGAACGCGAAGAAGAUUAUGGACCGGGUCGGUGAUAUGGAUGUCGAGCAGCGGAAGGUGUUGGCGCGGUACGUCAUGGCGGCUGCGUUUCGGCAUAUCGCGGAUCGUCUCGUGCUCGCCUUGUCCGAUGUGCAUGGUCUCCAAGCGUGUCCUACCCUCGUGCUGGCUGGAGGUGUGGCCUGCAACAGAUUCCUGCUGCAUGUCGUGCGCUCCACGUUGCGUGCUCGGGGCCUUGUCGGACUGAAGAUUGUGGUGCCGCCCGUGGGGCUUUGCACUGACAAUGCGGCCAUGAUUGCCUGGGCGGGGAUGGAAAUGUUCGAGCGUGGAUGGACGACGGACUUGGAUGUGUUGAUGAUCAGGAAAUGGCCGCUCGAUGAGAGGAUAGAUGGCGGCAUCAUGGGUGCCCAAGGCUGGGUGAAGAACUAA